GCACGGAGCCUUCACGAGCUCGUCCAGCUGCAGGUGCAAUGUCACAGCCUCGCUAGCAGGAAGCGGACUCGGGGGGUGCUUCGACCUGGACCGGACUCGUCACGUCCUCCUUUUCGCCAGUGGGAGCGAGCAUCGCCGGUGUCGGUGGAGGAAGCGGCCCCGCGGCGAUGCCUCUGAUGUCGGUUUAGACACAGUAAUAAGGAGGAACAGUUUUCCCCUCGCCAGGAAGAAGAGGAAGACCACAGCUCGUCACGUCAAUGUGCCAAAACCUUUACUUUUGAGAGGGCUGCUUGGACUGCAUCCUGUGGUACUUUCAACAUGGCUGUCAUUCGGCAAUUUGGACUUCUGGUGUGGAAAAACUAUCUCCAGCAGAAACGUCAAAUCUUGGUGACUUUGGUGGAGAUACUCCUUCCCCUGCUUUUCUCUGGCAUCCUCAUUGUGCUGCGUCAGAAGGUGCCUUUCAAGAAUUACCCAAAUGCAACAAUGUACGAGAGCUUUGCUGUCGACUGGCUACCAAAAGCGUCCUUCAGAAGCCUUCAGCUGGCCUAUGUGCCUGGCAACUCCAGUGUGGUGCGGCAGCUGGCGGAAGAUGUUCAAGGCAGCCUGUCGCUCUCCUCAGUGCGGGGCUUUGAGACGGAGGAACAGUUUGAGAAAUUCGUGAGGAGCGACCCAACUUCCAGAAAGGUGCUGGCCGCCGUGGUCUUCGAGCAUCCCUUCACGCACGAUGAUGAGCCACUGCCACUGCAGGUGAGCUACCACCUGCGCUUCAGCUUCACUCCGCGGAACGCUCCACCCAAAGAGAAGUCGGAGCUGAACCCCAACAGCGACCUGGACUGGCACACGCUCAGCCUCUUCCCACUGUUCCAGCUGCCGGGCCCCAGAGAGCAGCAUUACAGAGAAGGCGGCACGCCCGGUUAUUACCGAGAGGGCUUUCUGGCGGUGCAGCACGCAGUGGACCGCGCCAUCAUGCGCUCGCACAACCCGAGCGCUGCCUCACACGUGCUGCGGCAGCUGCGAGUGGUCCUGUCGCGGUUUCCCUACCCGGCCUUCAUCUACGACGUCUUCAUCCUGGCCAUCCAGAACCAGCUGCCCCUGCUGCUGGUGCUCAGCUUCACCUACACCUCCCUCAACAUAGUCCGGGCCGUCGUGCAGGAAAAGGAGCGGAAGCUCAAGGAAUACAUGAGGAUGAUGGGUCUCAGCAACUGGCUGCACUGGAGCGCUUGGUUCCUCAUGUUCUUCCUCUUCCUCUCCAUCUCAGUGUUUUUUGUUACUCUGCUCCUCUGUAUUCAGGUGAGCCCCAACGGAGCGGUGCUGACCUACAGCGACCCCACGCUGGUCUUUGUGUUCCUGCUCGUCUUCACCGUGGCCACCAUUAACUUCAGCUUCAUGAUCAGUGCCUUCUUCUCAAGAGCCAACGUGGCAGCAGCAGCGGGCGGCUUCCUGUAUUUCCUCAGCUACCUGCCCUAUUUGUUCCUGUGGCCGCGCUACGACUUACUGAGCCACUCCCAGAAGGUUUCAGCCUGCCUUAUCUCCAACGUGGCCAUGGCCAUGGGGGCACAGCUCAUAGGAAUGUUUGAAGGAAAAGGCACAGGGAUCCAGUGGUCGAACCUGUUCGACUCUGUGACCGUGGAUGAUGACUUCUCCAUGGCGCAGGUCCUGUGCUUGCUGCUGUUCGACUCGGUUCUCUACGGACUGGUGGCCUGGUACAUGGAGGCAGUGUUUCCCGGGGAGUACGGUGUACCGCUGCCAUCCUAUUUCUUUUUACUGCCUUCAUACUGGUGCAACAGCCCUCGCAUGGCUCUGGUGAACGAGAAAGAAGAAGAGGAGGAUGCAGAAAAAGCUCUGAAAGGGGAGUUUAUAGAGGAGGAACCAGCUGGACUCGUCUCUGGGAUAAAGAUCAAGCACCUCUCCAAGGAAUUCAAAUUGGGGAACAAGACGCGGCAGGCCGUGCGGGAUCUUACACUGAACAUGUUUGAAGGACAGAUCACCGUGGUGCUGGGACACAACGGUGCUGGGAAGACCACAACACUGUCCAUGCUAACAGGUCUGUUCCCCCCCACCAGUGGCAGGGCUUAUAUCAACGGUUACGACAUCAUUCAGGACAUGAAUCUGAUCCGACGCAGCCUGGGACUCUGUCCGCAGCAUGAUGUACUGUUCGAUAACCUCACAGUCAGAGAGCACCUGCUCUUCUACGCUCAGCUUAAAGGCUACUCCAAGGACAAGAUUUCAGACGAGGUGGACCGGAUCAUCCGUAUCCUCAACCUUGAGGACAAGCGGCAGGCUCGCUCCAAGACCCUCUCUGGUGGCAUGAAGAGAAAACUUUCUAUCGGCAUUGCCCUCAUCGGAGACUCCAAGGUCGUCAUGCUAGAUGAGCCCACAUCGGGAAUGGAUCCGUCAGCACGACGAGCCACCUGGGACCUUCUGCAAGGAGAGAAACGCGGCCGCACCAUCCUCCUCACCACGCACUUUAUGGAUGAGGCUGACCUUCUGGGAGAUCGCAUUGCCAUUAUGGCGGGAGGAGAGCUGCAGUGCUGCGGGUCGCCGCUCUUCCUGAAGAACAAAUAUGGUGCUGGGUACCACAUGGUCAUAGUUAAGGAUGCUCUCUGUAACGUGUCUGAGAUCAGCCGCCUUGUUCACCUAUAUGUUCCCAAUGCGACGCUGGAGAGCAGCGCUGGAGCCGAGCUCUCUUAUAUACUCCCUAAAGAAAGCACCAGCAAGUUUGAGUUGCUGUUUGCCGAGCUGGAGAUGAACAGAGACGAGCUCGGCAUCGCCAGCUAUGGCGCUUCAGUCACCACAAUGGAAGAGGUUUUCCUCAGAGUCGGAAAGCUCGUGGAUUCCAGUUUGGACAUUCAGGCUAUUCAGCUGCCAGCCCUGCAGUACCAACACGAGAGGCGCUCUCACGACUGGACCACGGACGACGCCAGCAGCAUAAGCGGCUUGACCGACGUCACCGAUUUCACCGACAGCGGCACGCUCAUCUCAGAGGACUGCUCCAACAUCAAGAUGAACACCGGGGUCAGACUGCACAUGCAACAGUUUUACGCCAUGUUCCUGAAGAGGGCGCUGUACAGCUGGAGAAACUGGAAGGUGAUGGUGGCCCAGUUCCUUGUCCCUUUGGUCUUCACCGUUGUGGCCUUAGUUGUGGCACGCACUCUGCCCGACCACCAGAACGCGCCUCAGCUGAGGCUGGCCCUCAGUCGCUACGGUCACACCCGCGUUCCCGUGGCCCUGCCGCCGGAGGCCGGUCCUCUCUGCGCCGCGCUCGCAAAAACGUACGACUCCCAGCUGUCCGCCCAGCUCGGCCAACUCGUCAAUAUCACCGACUUUACCGAUUACAUCUUGACUCAGGCAGAGGAAGAAGGGGGAAGCUUCAACGAGCGCUGCGUGGUCGGCGCUGCUUUCCGCGGCAGCAGCCGCCAGUACAAAGAGGCCACCGCUUACUUCAACAACGAGGGCUACCACACACCCGCCACGGCGCUCAUGAUGGUGGACAACGCCCUGUUCAAACUUGUGGCCGGGCCCAACGCCUCCAUCGAGACGGGCAAUUACCCCAUGCCACGUAACCUCUCCGAGGCGGCCCGGAGCCAGCUCUCCGAGGGGAAGACGGGGUUCGCUAUUGCCAUCAACUUGAUGUAUGGCAUGGCCUCCCUGUCCAGCACAUUCGCCCUGCUGCUUGUCACGGAGUCGUCAAUCAAGUCCAAGCACGUGCAGAACGUUAGCGGCGUCUACCUGUCCAACUUCUGGUUUUCAGCCCUCGUGUGGGACUUAAUCAACUUCCUGCUGCCGUGCCUUCUUAUGCUGGUGGUUUUCAAAGCGUUCGGAGUGAAGGCUUUUGUUGAGGACAACCACCUUGUGGAUGUGUUGUUGUUGCUUCUCCUGUACGGCUGGGCCGUGGUGCCCCUCAUGUACCUGCUCAGCUUCCUCUUCUCCACUGCCGCCACCGCCUACACUCGCCUCACCAUCUUCAACAUGAUCUCUGGCACGUCUACCUUUCUGGCUGUCACCAUCAUGACAAUCCCAGAGCUGAACCUGCAGAGCAUGUCGCGCCUAUUGGACAAGGUGUUCCUGAUCUUCCCCAACUACUGCCUGGGCAUGUCCUUCAGCCAGUUCUAUCAGAACUACGAAUUCAUCUCAUUUUGCACAUCCAGUCCAAUGAGCAAAGCAAUUUGUCAAGUUUUGAACAUCACAUACCAGACCAACUACUUUUCGAUGUCAGAGCCCGGUGUGGGGCGGUUCCUGGUGGCCUUUUCGGUGCAGGGCGUCGUCUUCAUCGUGCUGCUGUUCGUCAUUGAGCUGCAGUGCGUCCGCACUCUGUGGCAGCUGCUCGCCACUUUGGGACGAAGACGCAAACAGUUCCCUUUAAUAGAGGAUGCCGGACUGCAGCCAGAGGACAGAGAUGUGGCUGACGAGAGGAAACGAGUGCUGGAGUGCCAGCCGGUCGUGGAGUCCAUGGUUGGGAGCCCUCUCGUAGUGCAGGAACUCACCAAGGUGUACAGCAGCGGCGAGAGUCUCCUGGCCGUGGACCGGCUCUCUCUCGCUGUAGGGAAAGGCGAGUGCUUCGGCCUUCUGGGAUUCAACGGCGCGGGGAAGACGACAACAUUCAAGAUGCUGACAGGUGAUGAGAGCGUCACGUCGGGGGAGGCGUACAUCGACGGCUACAGCAUCCUGAGGGACAUCAAGAAGGUGCAGCAGCGCAUCGGUUACUGCCCUCAGUUUGAUGCCGUGUUGGAUCACAUGACGGGAAGAGAAACUCUGAGCAUGUACGCCAGGCUGAGAGGGAUCCCAGAGAAAUACGUGUCAGGCUGUGUGGAGAACGUCCUCAGGUCGCUGCUGCUUGAGCCGCACGCCGACAAACUGGUCCGCAGCUACAGUGGCGGAAACAAGAGGAAGCUGAGCGCCGGCAUGGCUCUGAUCGGUGGACCGCCGGUCAUCUUCCUGGACGAGCCUUCGACCGGGAUGGACCCUGUGGCCAGGAGACUCCUGUGGGAUGCAGUUACUCGCACUCGAGAGUCUGGCAAGGCCAUAAUCAUCACUUCCCAUAGCAUGGAGGAGUGUGAGGCUUUGUGCACCCGGCUGGCAGUGAUGGUUAAUGGCCAGUUCAAGUGCCUCGGGAGUCCCCAGCACCUGAAGAGCAAGUUUGGCAGCGGCUACACGCUGCUGGCCAAGGUGCACAUCGAGGCGGAGCUGGAGGACAGCGACCUGCUGCUAUUUAAAGACUUCAUUGAAAGCACCUUCCCAGGAAGUCAGCUUAAGGAUGAGCACCAGGGAAUGGUUCACUACCAUUUGACGGACAAAACACUGACCUGGGCACAGGUGUUUGGCACUUUGGAGGCAGCCAAAGAGAAAUACCGCAUCGAGGACUACUGCGUGAGCCAGAUCUCGCUGGAGCAAGUCUUCCUCAGCUUUGCCCAGUUCCAGCAUUGCACGCAGAGUUCGAGGAAAUAGGCGGGCCGAGGAGUCCGUCCGUCCGUCCGUCCACCGUCCGGCUCCCGCAGCGUGAGUGAAACUCUGACUUGCCCUCGGCUGCACGGCGGGCGCCAACGCAGCUCGGUGCAACGCGCGGCUCAGCAGCUACUCCAUUUUUACUUUGAGCACCAGUGGACCGGCCGCCAGUGUCAACGUCAGCAUUACUUCUUCUGUGUCUGUUCGUCAUUCAUGACGUUCGUCAUCGUCGUCGUCGUGUGAAAGUAGGAAAAUUGACUCUGAUUUUGGCAUCUGGGUUAUUUGAUUGUACCAAGUAAUGAACUCACAGUAAAGCACCUUCUUAAUCAGGUCAAAGACGAUGAAGCCACCUAAUAGAUACAACCGCUCUGCAUCGUGUGUGACGGGGUUUAUAUGUGUGUUUUUGCACUCACGUGUUCAAACUGUUUCUUCUGUUAUUUAUGAGUUUUACUCUUUUAUUACCUGUCUGAGAACGUGUGCUUUAUUUUGAUAAUCGUGUCAGUGAUCACAUGAGAAUGAACCACUCCAGUUGCCGCAUCGAUAAUGUCAUUAUUGCACACCUUUGAGCCUUAGCUGAGAAAUAAGGGUUCUUGGGUCUUUAUAUCGCCCCGUACAGAACAACCGGUUUUCUUGACGAGCCUCUUGUUGUUGUUGUUAUUGCCGGAUGUACAUACUAUGUUGUGCUCAUGGUACUAAAACCUGUUCUGGGAUCACAAAUGAAUGCAUGCUUUAAAAAGAAAAGAAAACAAAAAAGAACAGGCGUAUAAAUUGCACGAGACUGGGAGAACUGAGCGCUGCUAACGAACAAGAGAAACCGUCCUGAUUAAGCCUUUAAUCCUCUCAAGUACAUUCAUUCCAUUGUUGUUAAUGCGUUACUUCCUGCUUCUUUGAGGUUGGGUUUCUGCUUUUGCUGCCAAACAAGUGACAGCAGCAGUAGAUACAGACAUGCAGAUUUCAGACAGUUUAGUUUACAUCGGUUCCACAAUCCCCAAAAAGUUUGCGUGACACGGAAACUAUGAAUGGAGACUGAACUUUUGGACAUUUUUGUACAUUAGUUUCUUUAAUUGAGCAGCUAUGUAUUUCACAUGGUGCGUGCGCACAUGCGUGUGUGUGUGUGUGUGUGUGUGAGACGGAUGUACAGAGAGCAUAGCAGCAUGAUUCCAGUUUUAAUUUAAACUUUGCUCACACCAGAGCUGCAACACACCCGAAAUGUUAAAACGCAGAGAUUGUUACCGUGCAGAGGAUGAGAUCGGCUGCUGUUAUUGCUAUCGCCUGUCUGGAGCUGUCUCUUCAGGGAAUGAGAGAAAAUGCAAUAAGAAAAAAAGGCUUCUGUAGUUUUGGAAAGUAGAAUUUAAAGUCCUCUGCACGCGAUCGGAGGCCUUCUUUUCGAGAAGAAUGAUCAGCAUCGUGUUUGUUCUCCGUUGUUCACUGAAAAGCCCAGUUUGUCACAUUCCCAAAGCCUGGCUUCUACUUAAAGCCCUUGUACAAAGAUGUAUGUAUUAGAUAGGAAAAUAUUUAGAGCGACAAUUUCUACAAACAAAUAAUUCCCACAAAUAUCCAAGACAAUAUGUUAACGGUGACUUGUCAAUUGUAAAAAAAAAAAAAAGUUGUUAUCAUGGAGGAUUAACUGUUAGAAUAACUCUCAUUAGUGCGCAAAUGACAUUCCUGUUCUUGACAAUAAAUCACUUGACUGCAGUGAGAUGAAUGUAUUCUGUCUUAUGCAUAAGCAAAAAAAGCACUCGGCCGACUUUCCCUGCUUUGAAAUGAUUUAAAGUGCUCUCCUCAUGCCACCAGAUGUUGGAAGAGAAAGACUGACAUUCCAGAAAGAAACUGAUCGGUUGUCUGUUGGUCUUCAGAGGAUUUACUACCUUAUUAUUUUUUCACAUUUGUUACAUUUGUUUGUGUAUUUGCACAGCUUAAAUCUCAUGACAUGUACGACUAUGAACAACAGCAUUUGUGACUCGCUGGAGAAUUUGAAAAGGAGUGAUGCUGAAACAAGUUGUGCUAUAUAAACAAAAGGGAAUCACAUCAUUGUAAUUGUGUACUCUAUUGUACCAUGAAAACUGACCUUGUCAACUCUCUAUGUAUCUUUAUCUUUUUAAAAUAAAUGAUGAACAAUGCUCUAUGCAAAUGGAAGCAA